CUAGGCCCAAAUACAUUAUCCCCUCCCUUCCAAAUCAAUCCCAUCCACCGAGGCUACAGAGAUAAUAAUCCCCCAAAAAAUAAUCUGUCUCUGCAUCAGCUGUUCUACGGUUGCGAACCCUAAAUUCACAAUUAUUAUAUCAGUGCGGAAUGUCAUCAGUUUCCAGUCAACCGCAGUUUCGGUACACCCAACCUCCGUCGAAGGUUCUCCAUUUAAGGAACUUGCCAUGGGAAUGUACCGAAGAGGAGUUAGUCGAGCUGGGGAAGCCAUUUGGGAAGGUUGUCAACACAAAGUGUAAUGUUGGAGCAAAUAGGAACCAAGCUUUUAUUGAGUUUGCGGAACUUAAUCAAGCUAUUGCUAUGAUAUCGUAUUACGCAUCAUCAUCUGAGCCUGCUCAGGUACGAGGGAAAACCGUCUACCUACAAUAUUCAAACAGGCAAGAAAUAGUGAACAACAAGACUACUGCAGAUGUUGCUGGAAAUGUACUCUUGGUAACAAUUGAGGGAAAUGAUGCGCGUCUUGUCAGUAUUGAUGUGCUACACUUGGUAUUUUCAGCCUUCGGGUUUGUUCAUAAAAUUACUACUUUUGAGAAGACUGCUGGGUUUCAGGCUCUGGUGCAAUUUUCAGAUUCAGAGACUGCGACUGCUGCCAAGGAUGCCCUUGAUGGGAGAAGCAUUCCAAGUUAUUUGAUUCCAGAGCUGGGGCCGUGUUCUCUUAGAAUAACAUAUUCUGCGCAUACAGACUUGAGUGUAAAAUUCCAGAGCCAUCGUAGUAGGGACUACACCAACCCUAUGCUCCCUGUUGCUCCGUCAGCUAUAGACGCAAGUGGUCAGUUUAGUGUAGGAGUUGAUGGGAAAAAAAUGGAGCCUGAGAGCAACGUUUUACUUGCUUCCAUCGAGAACAUGCAAUAUGCAGUUACCUUAGAUGUCUUACAAACGGUCUUUUCAUCAUUUGGGCCUGUCCUAAAAAUUGCCAUGUUCGACAAAAAUGGUGGUCUUCAAGCAUUGAUCCAGUAUCCAGAUGUGCAGACCGCUGUCGUUGCAAAGGAGGCUUUAGAAGGACAUUGCAUAUACGACGGAGGAUACUGCAAGCUUCACAUCUCAUAUUCUCGCCACACUGAUCUUAGUAUAAAGGUUAAUAAUGAUAGAAGCAGAGACUUCACCAUCCCAAAUACUCCAGUCCUAAACUCUCAACCCUCAGUUUUAGGACAACAACCAUAUGCCGGAGGCCCAGGCGGUCCUGCUUACAACGGAACACAAUAUGCUCCAGGUCCUGAUCCUCAUGCAACGGGCUGGAACCCAGCGAUGCCUCAGCAAAUGCACAACUACCCUUAUGGAGGCCCCCCACCAAUGGGCCAAGGGGCAGUACCACCUCACCUCCAAAAUGGGCAACCACACUCGUCUCCGAUGCGCCCCUAUCAUCAUCAAUAGCAUGGUUAGUAAAUUGUGGUGCAAGAUCGCGAGAGCUCCAAGCAAUCUUUAUCUGGACAUGGUGGUACUGUACUGUUUUGCAUAUCCAUGGAGUUACUUAAAAAGCAAGAUUCUGCCUUGAUGGCUGGUGUUCCAUGGAAUGUUGACUAUCGUUUUUCUUUGAGUUUUUUUGUUUGUCGAGUUUGUCUUGUAAUGUCUAUUGAUGCACAUCUUAGUUCAACUAAAUAUAAAUUCAAAAGAGCAAGUGCAGUUUGGGAUGGUAA